AUGUCGGUUCCAUUACCCAACCCAUCGAAACGUGCUUCUCGACCAGGUCCAGGGCAGAGACCAUCCGUUGAUCAGCAGACAAAAAGGUCCAAGCGUGUUCCAGAUGCGGGGUUGAGUUCAAAUCCUUCAGAUGCGUUCAUUCUAGUCAUUCCUACUGAUGGUGAGAUAUGGAGACCCCGGUUUCAGAAGUUAGACAGGAAGCGUCUUAUGACAAAUGAAGGACUCUUGCAUGAUCCCGAGGCAUGCGACACCGUUUUGGGUGGCCUCUUUCACCCACAAGACAUUAAAGAACUGACGGACUUGGAUGAUCGUGACAUUGCGCUCCAACAAGGUCACAACUUAAUCUCGAUGGCCGAACUUCGCUUGGCCCGUGAGGCUGCAUCAGUGAAAGAGAAGGGUGAGAUUUCCCGUCUUUCUGACAAAAUCGACGUCCUCAGCCUUGAAUGCAAGAACACUUUACUGGAAAUGGAUCAGUUGAAGAAUGAUGUGGGACGUGUUGGAAAGGAGAAGAAGGAUCAGUACGAUGCAUGUUGCGCUCAAAUUUUCAAGGAGUCCGCCAAACAAUUUCGGUUCGGCUGGGUGCAGGGGCAGCAACCUGCCCACCAUAGGGUUGUGGCAGAUCCUGACGCCUACGAGGGAGAGAUGGGAGUUGGUGUUGCAGACUACAAGUUCAUAUUCGGGAUGAUCCCUACAGACAUUCCUACUUCUGGCUCUGCAAAGCACCAUGCGCCUCCCGACUCUGGUGAUGUUGUGCCGUACACCACGAGCCAUGACAUUUCCGUUUGUGAUACGAGAUCGGGGAGUAGGCUUUUAGGUUGA